AUGAAUAUUCCAAAACAAGGCGAAAUUACUGGAACAGCUAUGACAACAAAUAAUAACCAUGAUGAUGGUGCUGGUCUUCGUAAUCAACAAACAUCAACAACAUCGAAAGAUUUUACACCAGUUCAAAAUGCUGUUCUUCAUUUUUUGAAAGCUGCAACAUCAAUGACAGGUUAUAGUGUAACAGAUAUAUCUGAACAAUUUAGUGAAAAUCAACUCAAACAAGCAUUGGAAUUUCUUUCUGGUGAAGGUCAUAUUUAUUCAGCAACAUAUGAUGGUCAUUACCGUGCUGUUUCCAGUUAA